AUGGGCCUGAAAGCCUUGUGCCCCCGAGACAUCCUCAGUCGGGUCAGAGGCCAGCGCACACAAAGGGCCCGAAGGAGACAAGGAGAGAGGAGACAAACGAGGACUAAGUUUGUACAGGAAGUCAGUGAACCUGGGUUGGGUUUGAGGCCCACACCCGGCUUAGCUAAUCACCAGUUCCUUUCAAAGCAGGUCAUCUCCUCAGGCCACGUCAUCUCCUCAGGCCACGUCAUCUCCUCAGGCCACGUCAUCUCCUCAGGCCACGUCAUCUCCUCAGACCAUGUCAUCUCCUCAGGCCACGGUCAGAGGCCAUGUGACCAGAGGCAUCAGCAGAUCAGACCAGUGAAGAAGACCCUGGUCUGUGUCCGAAUGUCCACUCUGUAUUCACCAUGUGCGGAGGUCACUGCUCAGGGCUCAAGCCAUUUUGUCUGA